AUGAAACGUUUCGAUUGCUUCAAUUUGCGCUCCUUUGGCUUUAGCUUAGCCUCUCUGGAUGCGCUGCUAGCGUUGAGCAUUCUAAGUCUAAGCAGCUAUCAUUUAUAUUAUGACUUUAUGGACUUUACAUUCUCGCAGCAAACUGAUGUGCAGAUUCUAAGUCCUUUUGGCACAUUUGUAGCUACACUGGUUGACUAUGUCUUAGUGCACGAAUUCUCGCAGGCUUUCUAUAUGAUUCUAACUAUAACUGUUUGGAUAAAGGCUUUAAUUAAUUUCGUGGUAGCAUGCAUACUCAUCGAUGGCAUUAAACAGCGUCGUCUCAUUUGCAUUGCGCCCUGGCUUAUCAAUUCGUGUGUAUCCAUGCUUAUUGAAAUUGCUAUAUUUGUAAGCUUGGAACUCAAAAUAGAUGAAGUGGAUGCGUCCAUAGAUCGACGCAUAGCACGCAGCGUGCUAUUUGGCGUAUUUUUAGUUAUAAAUGCGCUGUUCACAUAUGGAAUAUAUGCGCUUUAUCGCUCGUUAAAGUCAACAACAAAUGAAAAUCGUGUGAUGCAUGAAAGCAUUGAAGAAACUUCGGGUAUGUUUCAGCAUAUCAAAGUGUAAAAUAUUGGGCAGGACAACGAACAGCAAGCAAGCUUAUUUAGUUGGAUUUUCCAAAACUAUGUACAAGCAUUUCUAAA